UUCGCUCUUUAUUACGCAUAUAAAUUCUGGUAAAUAAGAAAGAAAGAUUAAAACUUAUAUAAUGAUGGAAUUUAAAAGUUUAACUUUUAUUUUACUGGUAUGUGUGCUUGCUACGAAUGGACAACGCUAUUAUGGAGGUGGUUUUCGAGGAAGGACUGGACCUAUUCCAGAUGACUGCCCUACAAUGAUUCGGUGUGCUUUAAAUCCAUGUCGAACUGGCGGACACAACUGCCCUAAUUAUCCAAAUGCAGUGUGCAUCAACGAUGACCCAUGUCAGCCAUUUUGUAUAGGCCAUUAUUACAUUGGAAGACAACGUCGCCUGACAACUGAAGAAUGUCACGGAGAUCCCCCACAAGUUGAAUGUCCAAACAGACCUCAGAUGCGAUGUUUCAGAAACCCAUGCCACAAUGCUAGAUGUCCUGCUUAUCCGGAAGCUGAAUGCAGAAAUGACGAUCCCUGUGAGCCUUUCUGUGUAGGUCAUUUCUAUCUGCCAGACGGUACGCAACUCCGGCGACGCGAUUGUCGCAGGGGAAAUCGGCGUAGGCACAGGGGUGGACGUAUCUAAAACGUCUGAAUAUAUAACAAUAUAGCAUGACAGGUUGAAAAACGAACAGUUCAAUGAUCAUUCUUAUGAAUAUUAUAUUUUUCUGUUGUGUACAUAUUUUUCAAUGUCAACUUGUUUGUUCUUAUAUAUACCAAGAUGGUUCAAAUACACGUAGAUUUCUGUCAUAACGCCAAAAGUAGUGACUGAAACCAUAUCAAAUUAUUCGUAUUAUUUUGAAAAAUAAUGCACCUGCUACAAAGAUAGUUCAGAAUCUUAAACUGUUAGAGUUUACUAAAGAUUGUGUUUUGCCUUUUGUUUCAUCGGGGUAGAGCAUCCCAAGGCAUGUCAUCUAUGUGUACGACCCUUUUAAUGAUCAAUUUUAUUAUUUAAUUACUACCUCUUAAAUAUUAUAUUCAAAAUGCUCAUACAUAAGAAUCGUACAAGGUAACUACAUAUUGCGUCGUUUUACUUCAAGAUGCAUGUAAUUAUUUGACUUGUUUGGCAUCUAUAUUUUAUGGAAAAUUAAACAUAAAACAAAAGCUA